UGGCCCCGCCGCGCCGGCCCGCGCCGCCGCCCUCAAGAAGAGGGGCUACGACAUCACCCGCAACCCGCAUCUCAACAAGGGGAUGGCCUUUACACUUGAAGAGAGGCUACAGCUUGGGAUUCAUGGUCUGCUUCCUCCCUGCUUCUUGAGCCAAGAUGUUCAAGUUCUCCGUGUCAUGAAAACCUAUGAGACCAAAUCCAGUGAUCUAGAUAAAUACAUUGUCCUUAUGACACUACAAGACAGAAACGAGAAGCUUUUUUACCGAGUUCUGACAUCAGACAUUGAGAGAUUCAUGCCCAUAGUUUAUACUCCGACAGUUGGCCUGGCCUGUCAGCAGUAUGGCCUGGCUUUCAGAAGACCACGUGGGCUGUUUAUCACCAUUCAUGACAAAGGCCAUAUUGCAGCCAUGCUCAACUCCUGGCCAGAAGAAGAUAUAAAGGCUGUUGUGGUGACUGAUGGAGAGAGAAUUUUGGGCCUAGGAGAUCUGGGCAGCUACGGCAUGGGAAUCCCAGUGGGGAAGCUCGCCUUGUACACUGCCUGCAGUGGCGUUCACCCGCAACAGUGUCUCCCUGUCCUGCUUGAUGUUGGCACAGACAAUGAGGCUCUCCUGAAUGAUCCACUUUACAUUGGACUGAAGCACAAGCGGGUACGUGGGAAACAAUACGACGACCUGAUUGAUGAGUUUAUGCAAGCAGUUGCUAACAAGUAUGGAAUGAACUGUUUAAUCCAGUUUGAAGAUUUUGCCAAUGCCAAUGCUUUCCGUCUCCUCAACAAAUACCGCAACAGAUAUUGUACAUUCAAUGAUGACAUUCAGGGUACCGCCUCUGUUGCAGUAGCUGGCAUCUUUGCAGCCUUAAGAAUCACGAAGAACAAACUAUCCAACCACAAAUUUGUUUUCCAGGGAGCUGGAGAGGCUGCGAUGGGCAUAGCUUCUCUCAUCAUUAUGGCCAUGGAAAAGGAAGGCGUUUCCCAAGAGGAAGCCAUCAAAAAAAUCUGGAUGGUGGACUCCAAAGGGCUGAUUGUCAAGGGGAGGAGUCACCUGAACCAUGAGAAAGAGAUGUUUGCUCAAGAUCAUCCCAAUGUGAAAACGCUAGAGGAAGUUGUGCAAAGAGUGAAGCCGACAGCUAUUAUAGGUGUGGCAGCCAUUGCAGGGGCUUUCACUGAACAGAUUUUGAAGGACAUGGCAGCUUUCAAUGAGAGGCCCAUCAUAUUUGCCUUAAGCAACCCCACAAGUAAAGCAGAGUGCACAGCUGAGCAGUGCUAUCGCCUCACAGAGGGCCGAGGUAUAUUUGCAAGUGGGAGUCCUUUCCCUAAAGUAACCCUGCCCAAUGGACAGACCUUCUUCCCCGGCCAAGGAAACAACGCCUAUGUGUUCCCAGGAGUGGCACUGGGAGUCAUCGCCUGUGGAGUCCGGCAUAUCUCUGAUGAUCUCUUCCUCACCACUGCAGAGUCUAUUGCUGAAGAGGUCACAGAAGAGCACCUGGCGGAAGGGAGAUUAUAUCCACCCUUGAGUACUAUCAGAGAUGUGUCCUUCAAAAUUGCUGUUAAGAUUGUUGACUACGCCUACAAACAUAAUCUUGCUUCCUGGUAUCCAGAACCCAAAGAAAAGGAAGCCUUUGUCAGGAACCUCAUCUACAGCCCGGAGUAUGAUUCAUUUGUCAUUGAUAACUACAGAUGGCCCCAAGAUGCCAUGCAGAUUCAAGCUGUGUAGUUUCUGGUAAACUCUGACCCAUAACUGUCCAUGGUUCUUUCUAGCCUAUUGUUAUAAAUGAAUAUUGAAGCUUGCAAAAUCUUAACCUGUAAAUUGAUUCAAGCACUUUCUUACUCCAGCUGCCUUUUUCCUUUGUGAGCACCUGAAUAGGGAAAAGCAGAGUCAACAGAAGGUUCUCAGUACUCCAGUGGCAGGGACAUACCAUGCCCAUGCCUUACUCCAGUAGAUCCUGCAGUGCCAAUUUCCCAUUCAUUUAAAGCACUCCUUCACCUCAAGUGAACAGCAGUUUCCUCUCCACAGCAUUUUGCUUCUGGACAAAAACAAAUAGUAGAUGAUAUAUUCUAGAAUAGCAAGGAUACAGUGAAACAUAAGGCCCCUCAGGAACUGGCUGGGGUCCUCUCUUCCCCAAAGAGGUUUGAUUGCUUCAACCUAUAUGGUUGUUCACUGAUUUCUACUUAAACAGAAACAAAUAAUUGCCUAAUGCAUCAUAGUAUCACUCUCAUUUUGAAGCACUGUUCUCCUGUCAGUUACUGACAUGUAAGUCAGGAAGGAGUAUCUGCAGUGAAGCUAUUUGAGUCCUGCAGUGGAAGUCCUUUCCAAAAAGCCCAGUUUGAUGGUUUACUUUAAUAACCAGUGGGCUCAUCUACAUAUGCAUAUUAAUACAAAGCAAUAAACUCCAGAGCGUAGUGCUCUGGAGUUCAUUGCUCCAGGAAUGCUGUUUGCACAUGCACCCAGGAUCACAGCACAUUGAGCCAGGUCAGAGCAGCCCUGGCUAGCGAGGGACCCCGGGAGGCCAGCCUGCCAGUCCAGGGUUGCUCCCCAUGGCUUCCUCAUGCCCCAGCCAGCCAGGGCAGCAUCUACACGUGCACUGCAGAAUAGUAAUAAACUCUGCAACAGCAUAGUACUUGUAUUUAAAACUACUAUCCUGAUACGGAGUAAAAUGGUUUUCUUCAGCCUAAUAGGGAUGCACGUGUAGAUGCAUGACGUUUACUGCACAGCGAAUUAGUCUUCUGCACAGUACACAGCUUGUGUAGAUGUAUCCACUUCAUGCUAACUAGCAAGGAGCAUCCCUCUGCUGUUUUGUUUUCCAACCAGAAUUUUACCAAAAGGGAAUGUUACUGGAAAAACUUGAAGAUUUUAUUUUUAAGAGUGAGAACUUGACAAUGUAAAUUUGCUGUUUAUUUAUAGCCUUGUUCCAUUAGUCCAUAGGAGCAAGUGGCUGCAAACUACAUCCUUACAGUCAGAAAAGCAACAACUCCUGUGCGUGUGUUCCAAUUUCAGCAUGUUCUCCUUACCCAGGUACAAAUAUGGCCAACAAAGCUCUCAGGGAAUAUCAAUAAGCCUUUUUGCCCCACUUACCUUAAAGCACCACCCAAAGCAUCAUGUGCAAUAAAUCAUAUUUAUGCUCCUGUUUAAAUAUAGGCUUUACAUCUACAACUUGUGGCUCACCAAAUGUGACUGCCAGUCCAAAGGGAUGAACAGCUGGCUAUUUCUAGACUAAGCUUUAACAUAUUAAAAGGCAAAAUAGGAUCUGAUCUAUUUUAAAAUUCUACAAAUUGCAGCAAAAGUCCUUCGAUUUUGUCUGGCUGCAAACAGGCUCAUCACAAACCUAAGUAAUUCUGGAUGGUACCAAAGGUCAGGAAUACUGAGGCAUGGGACUUACAUUAGCCAGGUAGAAGACAUGAGACACGUGGCAUCCUCACUAGUGUCUCAGCAGCCUGAACUCCUGAAUUGAACUGUUUGUGAAAACUCUCUUUUCUGAUUGGUUGUGGUGGUGGGGGAGGGCAGAGGGAGAGGUAGUACCUGAACAUACCAGGUGACAUGAUUGCACCCCAUGCAGCCCACUGGCGAAUAGAAAGUUUCCUUUGAAUUCAAUUAAUAAGCAAAGCAAGAGGAGACUGAAGUGUGCCUCAAAUAGCAAGUAUGUCUCCAGCCUUCUGGAAUGUCAUUAUCCUUAUUCUCCCGUCCAAUUAUGAGGUGUUACACUGACAAGCUAAUCUCAGUAGUAGUCUGCUUUGCCAUGUACAGGUCCAACAGAUCCCGUUCAGUGGUGUUGCACUCUAUGUCAAUGUAAAACCUCUGAGCAUUGUAACAAAAUUCUUUUGUGAAGACUUCAGACAAGAUGAAUGUGCAGACCAUUUUAUUUCAGAUCAUUAACAAAUGUACAACAAAUCUUUACUUGACAUUAUAGACAGCAUUUUUGUAAUGCAGCAACAGCUCUCUGUACUGUUUGUGGACUUUGUAUAAGUCAUUAAAGCUUAGUUGAAAUA